AUGGACCCGACAGAAACAGGGGAUUACACUCCACCCGCCUUGAACAGCCCUUACAGGCCAUCCUUCUCAGAGAUAUGCACCUACUACAUCAACCUGUAUCCUCCCAAGCAGUGGUGGCACUAUGACUACAUUGCUGGAUUUGCCUCCUCCACUGACAUUGAGGUGAUGCACGUGAAAACUUCCGGCCGCGAAGUCAGAGCCUCGGCGGAUGCUUCGCUGCCGUGGACCACUCUGGAUAUCCAGCAUGGGUGGUUCUCUUAUUAUGCCCCAGGCUCUGGCGUGUACAUGAAUACCGGCAACACUGUGGCGGCAGAGAACAAGCUCGCCUUGCUGAAUUACUUUGGGUACAACUUCACAUACCUUGCCACACUUGAACUUUACUUCACAAACAAAACCUCGCGCUACUUUCCAGGCGACAACAACGGCCAGCCAGACGUGAUCAGCAACUAUGCCAAGUAUGUGUCUCCCAGCACAGCCGCACUGGGCCUGCCGACCCUUCUUGAAGUCGCCGCCUACGGCCGGCCCGACAAUGUGCCGGAAGGCUUUGAGCUGGCCGACCUCUACCAGGCAUGGCGGCUGCUCCUGUCACAAAUCAGCGGUCUUAUCAUGCAAAAUGAUUAUAACGUCAACCGCCUGGCCUCCGCGUUUGACUUUGACUCGCUGCUGGUCAACGCGGCCGAAGCGCGCGGCUACACGACGGCGCAGAUCACCAUCCAGCCGAACUCCAACGGCGGCUGGGCGCAUGAGGUGAUCCUUACUACGCCCGUGUCGCCCACCAUCGGCAGCUGGACGCAGUGGUUCAACUACGUCAUAUCUCAGAGCUCGCUGCGCGACCCCUGCCAGGGCGAGUUCACAACCUCGGCCGGCGGCCUGCCGCACGAUAGCACGCUCACGGCGACCGCCGUCUGCGAUUGGAACACCACCAUCUACUACUGUGUCUACUGCGACCUGCAGAAUAUCAAGGGUGUCUGCGGCGACGACCGGCCCCAAGGGUAA